GGCGCGGAGGGGGCGGGGCCGGGGCGCUUCGAGGCGCGCACGGCCCAGAGCGCAGCGCCGUUCGCUCCGCACCGCGCCGGCCCCGCAGCGCCCAACGGCAAUCAUGAGCGAUCGGAAGGCAGUGAUCAAAAAUGCGGACAUGUCAGAGGAGAUGCAGCAGGACUCGGUGGAAUGUGCUACUCAGGCCUUGGAGAAAUAUAACAUCGAGAAGGACAUCGCUGCUCACAUAAAGAAGGAAUUUGACAAGAAAUACAAUCCCACGUGGCACUGCAUCGUGGGAAGGAACUUUGGCAGCUACGUGACUCAUGAGACCAAGCACUUCAUCUACUUCUACCUCGGCCAAGUCGCUAUUCUUCUUUUCAAGUCUGGUUAGAACCACGGACUGUUACUGAAACUUGCACCUGGGUACAGGAUCUGCACAGGAUCUCCCACCUUCAGCCUUCCUGGGGAAACAGGCCUUGAUCUCCAGGUCUUUUGUUGUAUUGUUAAUGGUCAGGGAUUUUGCUGUAGCAGCUGGUAUUUUCAUUGUGGCUAUAUAAAAAAGCAAAAAUGUCUUCCUUGUAUUUAUUUUCUUUCAAAAGAUUGCUUCUUUGCUAAUAAAACUGUUGGAACAAGUUUA